AUGGAAGAACCCACCUCGGCGAGUCCCGCCCCGAGCCGAGCGUUACGAGAAUGCCUUCUCUGCGAUUUAUCCUUCGAUACCGCCGAGGAAAAGCGGCAGCAUGCGAAAAGUGAAUGGCAUGUGUACAAGAUUCGUUGUCGAGUCGCAGAAUCUGGGACUAUCAUUACCCCACCAAGCAGUGCACCUAUCAAACCUUCAACCAGCCGCACAAGACAAGGCGGGAAAUUGUCUUCAAGAUCCGGGUCACCAACGGCUGAAGAGGAGAGCUACGAUGAAGAAUCAGAAAACGACACAUCCUCCGACGAGAAGGACACGAUCGAAUUCGUCGCCGAAGAGUGCCUCUUCUGCAACCAGACCAGCAAGGACUUGGAUGAGAACCUAUCACACAUGCACCAAACGCACAGCCUCGUCAUACCCUUCCAAUCUUUCUUGGUAGUGGAUCUCCAAACGUUAAUUUGGUUCCUUCAUAUGGUCAUCUUCAGCUACCGGGAAUGCAUCUGCUGCGGGAAGCGCCGCCGGACAAUCGAGGCCGUUCAGCAGCACAUGACGUCGAUGGGCCAUUGUCGCUUUAACGUGACCGAGGAGAUGGCCGGAUUCUAUGAUAUGGAAUUAAUCAGUCAACAUAGCCCAGAGGGCCGGAGCCAUCCAGACGAUCGUACGCUCCGGUUGCCAUCCGGGAAGCUCCUCGCCCACCGUUCCUACGUCGAACCCACUUCAAAGAGCCGGCUGCGAGAGGAAAAGUCGCUUGCUGGGCCAUCGGAUGGCCCAUCCGCUCUCCCUCCUGCUCAGCAAAAUAACCCUGACCCUCAGGCGCUCACAAAAAGAGACCGCAAGGAGCAAGCCCUUACCACUCAUUUCGCUCAGCUUCGCACAGGGGAUCAGAUGAGUCUCAUGCAUUUACCACAAUCCCAGCAGCGAGCACUUCUCUUGGCGCGCAAGAAAGCGCUGGACGAUGUGAAGCGUGCAGAGAGGCGGAAGCGUGGCCGACUGGAUAAGGUGGGAAACAAGACGGCCGUCCAUACAAACUAUUACAAACAAGAGGUUCCGGUUUAUAUGGGCGGUUAG